AUGGUCCAGGAGCGCUGGAAAACCGGGGGUGCCGCUUCCCAACUUGAGGACCGGCCACGCGAUAAGCCCCAGAGGCCUAGCUGCGGCUAUGUUCUGUGCACAGUGCUGCUGGCUCUGGCAGUGCUGCUGGCUGUGGCUGUGACGGGUGCUCUGCUCUUCCUCAACCAUGCCCACUCAGCUGGCACUGCGCCUCCCCCAGUGGUGAGCACGGGCCCAGCGGGCACCAACAGCGCCCUGGUCACCGUGGAGAGGGCAGACAGCUCGCGCCUCAGUAUCCUCAUUGACCCGCGGUGCCCGGACCUGGCUGACAGCUUCUCCCGCCUGGAGGGUGCCCAGACAUCGAUGCUGCGGGUACUCAACGAGAACCAGGCCCGGCCACCCGCAGGACCCCCAGAGCAGCAGCUACUCAGCGCCCUGGCCACGGAGUUGCCCCGGUUGCUGGCACAGGCAUCAGAGCUGCAGGCUGAAUGCGCGGCACUGCGGAAAGGGCAUGGUGCCCUGGGCCAGGGAUUGAGUGCCCUGAGGAGUGAGCAAGGUCACCUCAUCCAGCUUCUCUCUGAGAGCCAAGACCACCUGGCGCACCUGACCAGCUCAGUCAGUGACUUCCUGGACACGCUGCACCGGGACCAUGGGCUGGGCCGGCCACGAGCCAAGGCAGAUCUGCAGAGAGGUCCAGGCAGGGGCAUGCGCCCACGGGGCUGCCCUGGAGGCUUCAGGCCCCGAGACUGUCUAGAUGUGCUUCUGGGUGGCCAACAGGAGGAUGGAGUGUAUUCUGUGUUCCCAACGCACUAUCCCACCGGCUUCCGCGUCUACUGUGAUAUGCGCACGGAUGGCGGCGGCUGGACGGUGUUCCAGCGCCGGCAGGAUGGCUCAGUGAACUUUUUCCGAGGCUGGGAGGCCUAUCGGGAUGGCUUUGGCAAGCUCACGGGGGAGCACUGGCUCGGUCUGCAAAGGAUCCACGCGUUGACCACUCAGGCCACCUACGAGCUGCAUGUGGACCUGGAGGACUUCGACAACAGCACGGCUUUUGCACAUUACGGCAGCUUUGGCGUGGGGCUGUUCUCCGUGGACCCCGAAGAGGACGGGUACCCGCUUACCGUGGCUGACUACUCAGGCACUGCAGGGGACUCGCUCCUGAAGCACAGCGGCAUGAGGUUCACCACCAAGGACCGCGACAGCGACCACUCGGAGAACAACUGCGCGGCCUUCUACCGCGGAGCCUGGUGGUACCGCAACUGCCACACGUCCAACCUCAACGGGCAGUACCUCCGCGGCGCCCACGCGUCCUACGCUGACGGCAUCGAGUGGUCCUCCUGGACCGGCUGGCAGUACUCGCUCAAGUUCUCCGAGAUGAAGAUAAGGCCGGUGCGGGAGGACCGCUGA